GCGAGGGACCGAAAGAGAGUUGGGGAGACGGGGCGCCUUCCUGAGGUAACCCCCAACGGCUAAAAUCGACGGUUGGGCCUUCUUUCCCGCCCUUUUUGAGGCGCGUGAGGGAACAACCGUCACUUGUCCCUCCUGAGGGGAAUAACCGAGGCGACGCCGCCGCCGCCAUGUCCGGGCUGGUGCGGACGCUGAGCCGCUGCCUGCUGUCCACCGAGGAGAGGCCGGCGGUCGCCGACGGGAAGGAGCGCAGCCGCGACGUCGAGCGGGAGGCGCGCCGGCGGAGCCGGGAGAUCGACGCGCUGCUGGCCCGGGAGCGGCGCUCGGUGCGGCGGCUGGUGCGGAUCCUGCUGCUGGGCGCGGGCGAGAGCGGCAAGUCCACCUUCCUCAAGCAGAUGCGCAUCAUCCACGGGCGCGAGUUCGGCCAGAAGGCCCUGCUCGAGUUCCGCGCCACCAUCUACGAGAACGUCCUCAAGGGCUGCAGAGUUCUGGUUGAUGCACGGGACAAACUCGGGAUCCCUUGGGAGUACUCGGAAAAUGAAAAGCACGGGAUGUUUCUAAUGGCCUUUGAAAGUAAGGCUGGGAUACCCAUCGAACCUUGCAUGUUCCAGUUGUACGUCCCUGCCCUGAGCGGCCUGUGGAAGGAUUCUGGGAUCAAGGAGGCAUUUAGUCGUCGGAGUGAAUAUCAGCUGGGUGAAUCGAUAAAGUAUUUCCUGGAUAAUCUGGACCGGAUUGGUGAACUGAACUAUUUCCCCAGUAAGCAAGACAUUUUGCUGGCUAGAAAGGCCACUAAGGGUAUUGUGGAGCAUGACUUCAUCAUCAAGAAGAUCCCUUUCAAAAUGGUUGAUGUGGGCGGCCAGCGGUCUCAGCGCCAAAAGUGGUUUCAGUGCUUUGAUGGGAUCACGUCCAUAUUGUUCAUGGUCUCCUCCAGCGAAUAUGACCAGGUCCUCAUGGAAGACAGGCGCACAAACAGACUGGUCGAAUCCAUGAAUAUCUUUGAAACCAUUGUGAACAACAAGCUCUUCUUGAAUGUGUCCAUCAUUCUGUUCCUAAACAAAAUGGACCUCCUGGUGGAGAAAGUCAGGAGCGUCAGCAUCAAGAAGUACUUCUCGGACUUCAGAGGUGACCCUCACAGGUUGGAAGACGUCCAGCGUUACUUGGUUCAGUGCUUCGACAGGAAGAGGCGGAAUCGCAGCAAGCCCCUGUUCCACCAUUUCACCACAGCCAUCGACACUGAAAAUAUCCGCUUCGUAUUCCACGCAGUGAAGGACACGAUCCUCCAGGAAAACCUUAAGGAUAUCAUGUUGCAGUGAAGGACAAUUGCCCUCCUUCUGUUCAGAUCUGCUGUAGUUGUAGGCCAAAAUACUACCGUGUGUGUGGUUCUUGGGAAUAGGUUUUUGAAACCGACAAGAAAAUAUUGUUUACUUAGCUCGAGGAAGCUGCUAAGUGACCAGUCCGAGUAUUGGGGCAGUGGGCCGAAGGAUUGUGAAAGCUGAUUAGCUGCUGAAUUUUUGACUAAAAACACUACUGAAAAAGUGGCUAUUUUAAGUGCAGUGCCUUCUUUUGAACACUGAAUGACACUACCACCUUCUGCCUUUCAAAAAAAAGAGAGAGCGAGAGAACCCAAACUGUUAAAAAACAUGUAAAACAUUUGUGUGUGUUUAAUUAAUGUCGUUCCUCAACAGUGCCAGAACUUGCUGACCAUAAAGCUGUGUUCUUUUCGGGUGCUGAACUAACAAAUGGAGUAAUAUGUUCCAUUCUCUUAACUGAUAGUUGUCUUUUAAGAAUCCACUAGCCAUGGGUUCACAACAAUAUCCAGAUUCAGUGACUACAGAAUGGCUUAGCUGAACUAGAGCCUACAAAGGAGCCUAUCUAGCUGUUACCAGAAGAUCCCUCCUUUGCAUAGAAGUUUAGAACUGCAAAUGGAAUUUAGCUGGCCUCAAGGGGCAGAAAUCGACGGCUUGGGCUGGCAUAAUACAAGGCUUUUAUUUUGCACUACAUGUAUAAUGUUCGUUGCAUUGUGGGAAAGAGACUUCUGCAGCGACACGGCAUGAGACCCAGCACUCAAACACCUCAGCACAUACCUAGUGGAUUCUCUGGGAAUGUAUCUUCUUUCACCUGGAGCUGAAGCUAGAAAAACUUCUUUCUCCUCAGCUGGACAGCAUUUCUGGAUGAUAGGUUGGAAGCCGAUGCUACUCUUGACCAAAUGUUUGGUCGGCAGUGGCAAAUCAUAACACUAAAGCCAGAACAUCUGGAGAUGUCUCCACUUUCCAGUUGCACUGGAUGUGGACCUUGCUCUUAAUUAAUCUGUGAUGUGUCUUGGGGGAAGGGGAAGGCGUUAUGAGCCUAAACAAUGCGCAUUUAAACCACAGCGAACUGCCAAUCUAAAAGUUGCCACUUCUAGGCUACUUCAGAGUAUAUGUGAAUUUCCAGAAGUCUAUCAGUGUUGAAGUGAAACAUUUAAUUCUGAAAUGUGUAUGUUACAUAUGGGUGCCUUUUUCUGUGUAUACAGGUAUUUCACAUGUCCUGCUUUGAGGUAUGUAUUCACCUGCCUUUUCAGUGCCAUCGUCUUUGGAUAUCUCUUUGUUAACCUGAGAAAAGUUUUACUAUGCUGUCAUAACAACACCUAAAGGGCUAGUCUUUCCUGCAUCACAUGAUCAGAAUUCUGUAGCUAUUCUUCUUGAGGAGGGCUUGCCUUGAACAGGAGGCAUUACUCCCAGAACUGACAGCACAAGUCACACCAAUCUUUAAA